AAUGUGUGGCUUUCCUUGCAGCGGAAAAAGUCGCCGAGCUCGGGAAUUACGAGAUUACUUCAGCGAAAAUACAGAUAAGCAAGUUGACAUAAUUGGAGAUGAAAUGCAUGGCAUUGAUAAGAACUCGGUGUAUGCAGGGCUGGAGCUGAAAUCUGCAGGACUGCGGCUCUCUAGGACCGAACUUGCCCACCCCGAUCUAGAAUGACCAACAGUUAUGACUGUAGCUGCUGCAUUCUGGACUACUGUAGCUUGUUUAUGCACCUACUGGAACAUCCAGACAUUCAUAAGAAUUAGAUAUUUUGCCUGGAGAGAGGAACAAGUUGUACUGUUUACAAACCCAUGAAGUCCAAUUAAAGGACAAGGACAUACUGUAAAUGAGAGAUAGUCUGUUUACAAUGCUCACAAAUAGAGACUCUCAGAGGGAGAAACAUUUGAGAGGUGCUUUGCGGUCUGAAGUUGAAAGGAAAAUCAACAAAGAUCAUAUCGUAAUUCUGGAUUCCUUGAAUUACAUUAAAGGUUACAGAUAUGAACUCUUUUGUCUCAUCAAACAUGUGCAGACACCACACUGUUUGGUCUACUGUUUGACAACUGCUUCAUUGAGCUCAGACUGGAACAAGGAAAGAGAAGAUGAUUAUCCAUAUUCCCAGGAAAUUCUGGAUGCUCUAAUUCUGAGAUUUGAAGCCCCUGAUUCAAGAAAUAGAUGGGAUAGUCCUCUUUUUACUAUUCAGAAAGAGGAAAGACUUCCAUUUGAAACUAUCUCUGAUGCCAUUUUGAAAAGGAAAGUUCCACCACCUAACCAGUCUACACAAAGUCAACCACUAUCAUCUUCCAACUUUUUAUUCGAGCUGGACAGAGUUACUCAAGAUGUCAUAAUGGCUGUUCUUGAGUCACAGAAGACUAGAAUUCCUGGGGAUGCCAUUGCAGUUCCAGGAACUACAGAAAAAAUCGAUGUAACAAGAAGCCUUAACAUAGCUGAACUGGGGAAACUUCGGCGACAGUUCAUCAGUUACACCAAGAUGCACCCAACAGAGAACAUUGGACAGAUAGCCAAUAUGUUUGUGCAGUACCUUAAUAAGAGCAUGCACUGAAAAUUGCCAGUAAAUUUAACAGCACCUGUUUUUUUCUUUAAUGUUUUGAGUUUUAAUUAUUCAUUGUUUUGUUUAACAUGAUUUAGAAUCAUAGAAUUUAAUAAGAUAUUUCAGAGAACUUUGACUUAAAAAUAAAUGUGUAUUUUAUUUGAUUGUUACAUAGUGUUAAUGUUCCAGCUGUCUGCUAUAUACUUGUGUAAAUAUUUGUGUCCUAUACAUUAAUAUGUGAGCACAAUAGAGCAAUAUGUUAAUGUAUCAUUUUGCUUAACUGUACUUGUUCAUUCAAGGUCAGUCAGGUGUAUUGGGACAUUAAUCAUUUUUCUCAGAUUGCUUUUCAAAAUAAAGUUUCUAUGUAUAGUAA